CAGGAGGUUUCGGGCAUGGCCCCCGAGCGCCUGCGGGAGCUCCGCGCGGCCCUCGCGCACUUCUGGGACUUCGGCCAGAAGCAGAGCUUCUCCCGCCUGGCGCGGCUGCAGCGGGAGCGCGCCGCCCUGCCCAUCGCGCGCUACCGGGAGCGUCUGCUGGCGGCCGUGGCGAGCGGCCAGGUGGUGGUGGUGGCCGGAGACACGGGCUGCGGCAAGUCCACGCAGGUGCCCCAGUACCUGCUGGCCGCUGGCUACAGCCACGUGGCGUGCACGCAGCCCCGGCGCCUGGCCUGUGUGGCCCUGGCCCAGAGGGUGGCCUACGAGAGCCUCCAGCAGUACGGCGACCAGGUUGGCUACCAGAUCCGCUUUGAGAGCACCCGCUCGCCAGCCACGAGGAUCGUCUUCCUGACGGAGGGUCUUCUCCUGCGCCAGGCCCAGCGGGACCCCUCCCUGCCCGGCUACCGGGUUCUGAUUGCGGACGAGGUCCACGAGCGCCACCUGCACAGCGACUUCCUCCUGGGCGUCCUGCGCAGGAUCCUGCCCGCCCGCCCCGACCUCAAGCUGGUGCUCAUGUCGGCCACCAUCAACAUCCGCCUCUUUGCGGACUACUUUGGGGGGGCUCCCGUGGUGCAGGUCCCCGGGCGGCUCUUCCCCAUCACGGUCCUCUACGAGCCGCUCCGCCCCGAGGAGGUUGCCAGCGGGCGCAAGGAGAGACUGGACCCCCGCCCCUUCCUGCGGGUGCUGCAGGCCAUCGACCACAAGUACCCCCCCGAGGAGAGGGGCGACCUGCUCGUCUUCCUCAGCGGGGUGGCCGAGAUCGGGGCCGUCGUGGAGGCGGCGCAGACCUAUGCCACGCACACCCAGCGCUGGGUGGUUCUCCCUCUCCACAGCACCCUGUCCGUGGCCGAACAGGACAAGGUAUUUGAUUUGCCUCCCCCAGGAGUCCGGAAAUGCAUAGUUUCCACCAACAUCGCCGAGACCUCGGUGACCAUCGACGGCGUCCGAUUCGUCGUGGACUCGGGGAAGGUGAAGGAGCUGAGCUACGACCCCAAAGCCAAGCUGCAGCGCCUGCAGGAGUUCUGGAUCAGCCGGGCCAGCGCCGAGCAGCGCAAGGGCCGGGCGGGCCGGACGGGGCCGGGCGUCUGCUUCCGCCUCUACGCCGAGUCCGACUACGACGCCUUCGCCCCCUACCCGGUGCCAGAGAUCCAGCGGGUGGCGCUCGACGCCCUCGUUCUGCAGAUGAAGAGCAUGGGGCUGGGCGACCCCCGUGCCUUCCCCUUCCUGGAGCCCCCCCCGCCAGCCAGCCUGGAGACGGCCGUCAGCUACCUGAAGCAGCAGGGGGCCCUGGACCCAGGGGAGAACCUCACGCCCAUCGGGAGCCUGCUGGCCGAGCUGCCUGUGGACGUGGUGAUUGGGAAGAUGCUGGUUCUGGGGACCCUCUUUGGCCUGGCGGCCCCCACCCUCUCGGUUGCGGCUGCGCUCAGCGUCCCCUCCCCCUUCCUGCGCAGCAGCAGCGGGCGCAGCGACCCGGACUGCGCCACCGCCCGCCGGCCCCUGGAGAGCCCCCUGGGAGACCCCCUGACGCUGCUGAACGUCUUUGACGCCUGGGUGCAGGAGAAAUCGGACAAUCGGAGCGGAUCCCGCCGUUGGUGCCGCCGCCGGGGCCUGGAGGAGCACCGGCUCUACGAAGCAGCCAACUUGCGGCGCCAGUUCCAGGAGCUGCUGCGGGACCACCGUCUGCUGGAGCCCCCCGCCCGGCCCAGCGACACCCAUGGGCGCCAGAGCCGACACCGCAAGCGCCGGGAGCUGCAGCGCAUCAAGCGGGAGCACGAGCGGGGGGAGGGGCGGCGGAGGAAGGUGCUGCGCCUGGAGGAGGAGGGGGGCAGCUCUUCCUCGGGAGGGGAAGGGGACCCCCAGCGCGGCCUCGACAUUCAGGACGUCAAGUUCCAGCUGCGACAUGACGUUGCCGAGCUGCGGGCGGCCUCUUCCGUGGCGCAGGCUCUGUCACCCGGCCGCCUGGCCCUCCUGCAGCUGGUCUUGGGGCGCGGCCUCUACCCGCAGCUGGCCGUGCCAGACCCCUUCAACCAGACCCGCAAGGACUCCGACCAGAUCUUCCACACCAAGGAGAAAGCUGGGGUCGUCCUCCACCCCACCAGCAUCUUCUGUGCCUCCCCAGAGCUGCUGCAGCCGGCACAGGAAAGGGGUCCAGAACGUGGGGGGCAGAGAGAUGCCAAGGAGGGACUGAGCAGCCGCCACCAGAUCCUGGCCUUCGUCUCGCUGCUGGAGACCAACAAGCCCUAUUUGGUGAACUGCCUCCGCCUGCCGGCACUUCAGGCGCUGCUGCUCUUGGCUCGCUCCCUGGACACAAACGCCGACUGCACCCGCCUCGUGGCCGACUCGUGGCUGGAGCUGCGGGUCCCCUCCCCAGAAGCGGCCCUCCGCCUGCUGCGUGCGGCCCUCCGCCUCCGGGCUUCCUGGGAGAAGGUCUUGGACCGGCAGCUGGAGAGCCGAGGGGCCCGGGGAGAGGAGGCCGAGGAGGGGCGGCCCAGCGCCAGGCAGGUGCGCCAACUCACCCAGGAGCUGCUGGACUUUCUGAAGCCCGAGGUGCCCUACAGCCUGCGGCGCCUGAUGCCCCUGGAGCAGCAGAACCUCUACGUGGGUCCUCAGGGGGCUUCUGCAGGAGGGGAGGUGCCCCCCGGCCUCUUCCAGGGGGUGGAGGUGGCCCCCGACGAGGAGAAGGGCGGCUGCAGAGUGGGCAGCUUCUUGACGUUCAACUGCCUGGCGGGCACAGAGGGCGACCUGUACAGCGACUGCCUGCGCAGCUUCUGGACCUGCCCUCGCUGCGGCCUCUACAUGCCCUUCACCCCCAUGGAGCGCCUGGCACACGAGGAGGCCUGCCAGCCCCCAGGCCAAGAGGGGGAGCAGCCCAGCCAGGAAGAAGAAGAGACGGCGACCCCACCGGGCGCCUCUGCCCUGCAGCGCCCGUACCACUGCCCCGCCUGCCAGCAGAGCCUCCUCCUCACGCCCACCGAAAUCCUGCGCCACCGGAAGCAGCACCAGGCGCCCCCCUGAGAACAGCGGCGUUGGCGGGGGCCUCUCGAGGUCGGGGGAGCCUGGCAUGGGGGUCGCCUUCUUCC